CUCUGUGUCAACUGUUUCAUUAGGACGCCGUUCAGCCUCUUCCUCAGAAUCACUGAGAUUAAACGGGUUGACCGACGCCAUUUUUGCACUAUAAAGAUUUUUAGCUAGCUUAGCUAAUCAGAACCGCUUCUUCCUGAAUGGAUGCUAGCUAUGGUUUGGUAGGUGGCUUUCACAAGGGAGGGAAAUGCGAAGCUGUGAUUGGUCAAAUUUGAGAGAAGUUAUCCCAAAUCCCGCCUCUUUUAUGGGAUAAUGAGAAAUGAUUGGAUAAUGGCGAGACAGAAAGGAAAACUGGGCAGGGCACAUUUGACAGCUGAUAGCCGAUGUGAGCUAAUGUGUUGUCAAAGAACCACAAGCUGUGAAAAUAAAAACUCACAGUGAAACUACACUGGAACACAUAUAUUUAGAUAAUAAAAGUCAAUGCAGCAUUUUUUAUUGAUUGCUUUUUAAAAGAGAGCUCGCUCGGAAAUAAAUAUUUUAACUACAGUACCCACAAUUCAGCAGCAAAGUACACACGUCAACGUAAAACGUCAGAAUCACAACAAGGAAGUGGAUGCUCAGUGUGUCUGCAUUUCUUGUACUAAUCUUAUUAGAAAGAGCGACGGUUGCUUUUGUAAAAGGACGCACUUAAAGAUUACGCUCAUCUUGUUGUGUACAUUAAAGCCUCAAUCUUUCGCGCUCUCUGGAUAUAUAAUCAGCUACGAAGAUAAAAUGAAAUCUAAAUCAGGUGAAUGGGUAGUAAUAACUUAGAUAGUUUUGCUCUCCCAUUCAUCCAUCAACGAGACAGCGUCCCCCGUUUUUAUGGGCAGAUUCCACUGAAGUCACAUACAGGUUGCUCUGCAGUCCCAGCACAGUGUUUACACUCAAAAUGAAGAUGAUCACCUUCCUGCUGGUUGGACUGAUAGUCCACGUGAUCUUCUUCCUCUCUAUCUUUGACAUCUACUUCACCUCUCCCCUGGUCCAUGGCAUGACACCUCAGGCCACACCGCUGCCCCCACCUGCCUCUAGACUGGUGUUAGUGGUGGCCGAUGGUCUCAGAGCAGACAGCCUCUUCACACUCCUCCCCAACGGCUCAUCCAGGGCCCCAUACUUGAGGAAUGUGAUGGAGGAGAAAGGUACCUGGGGUGUGUCACACACACGUGUACCCACUGAGUCUCGUCCGGGACAUGUUGCUCUCAUCGCUGGCUUCUAUGAGGAUGUUAGUGCUAUUGCUAAAGGCUGGAAGGAGAAUCCUGUAGAGUUUGACUCUGUGUUUAAUGAGACCAGACACACCUGGUGCUGGGGCAGCCCUGAUAUUCUGCCAAUGUUUGCUAAAGGAGCCAGUGGAGACCAUGUGUAUACCCACACAUACCCAGCAGAGGAGGAGGACUUUGCCUCCACAGACGCCUCCAGGCUGGACAGCUGGGUGUUCACGCAAGUCAAAUCCUUCUUUCAGUUAGCAAAGUCUAACUCCAGUCUGAAGGCCAGUCUGCUGGAGGAUGAGAAUAUCUUCUUCCUGCACCUGCUGGGCAUCGACACAAACGGACAUGCUCACAGACCAAUGUCCCAGGAGUACCUCGACAAUAUUGGCCUGGUAGACGCUGGUGUAGCUGAGCUGGUGUCUAUGGUCGAAGACUUCUUUGGUCAUGAUGGCAGAACGGCCUAUGUGUUCACCUCUGAUCAUGGCAUGACAAACUGGGGUUCACAUGGUGCGGGACUUCCCUCUGAGACGCACACCCCUUUAGUGGUGUGGGGAGCCGGAGUUCAUUAUGCCCACAAAGUCACUGAACCCCAACCGUACAGCGACGGCUACUUACAAGAUUGGAAACUGGAGCACCUUCGUAGAGUUGACGUGAAUCAGGCAGACAUUGCUCCCCUCAUGGCUUCUCUGAUUGGAGUGCCCUUUCCUGUUAACUCUGUUGGUGUGUUACCUCUUCUCUACCUGAACAACAGUGACCAGUUCAAGGCGGAGAGCAUGUACACUAAUGCUAUCCAAGUGCUCGAGCAGUACAAGAUGAAAAUGACCCAGAAAAAGGAGAUGACUUUGCCUUUUCUCUUCACCCCAUACCAACUGCUGACUGAGUCAAAACAAGCAGAAUUCAUCCACAUGGCCAGAAUACUGAUUCAGCUGGAGAAGUAUGACAAUGCUAUCUCUCUGUGUCGGUCUCUGAUCGCUCAUGCUCUGGAGGGCCUGGCCUACUACCACACCUACGACAGGUUCUUCCUGGGUUGCAGCGUGGUGCUCGGAUUUGUAGGCUGGACCUCAUAUGUCAUCCUGGUCAUACUGAAGACUCACGCCACCCUCGACCGACACCCCAGUCUCCUCAAUGAGAGACCCAGCCAUACCUUGGCAAGGCUGUGUGUUUGUGUGACAGUGGUGAUCACUGUGUUCCUGCUUGUCCAAAAGAGCCCCAUCACCUACUACAUCUACUGCCUGCUGCCUGUCCCUGUGUGGUACUCUGUGCUUAAAGAGUCUGGGACUCUCACAGAUUUGGUUCGCUUGGCUCCUUCUCUGCCACUGUGGAAAUGUUUUGGCUAUUUUGUGCUGGUGGCGUUUGGCAUCGAGCUACUGGUGGUGAGUUUCUUCCAUCGCGCCAUGCUGACUGUGGGCCUGGCUGUGCUCUCUCUCUGGCCCCUCCUGUCGGGACUCUUCAGCAAGGCCAAGUCCCGUUCAUGCAGCUGGUGUCUGGGCUGCCUGUGUUUGGCUGCUUUCCCCCUGAUGCCUGUUGUGGGCAGAGAGCCUAACGUACAUCUGGUUACCUGUGCAGGUCUGCUCACUCUCUUCACUUCUGCCUGUUACCUCUGGUCAUCCCAACGGAGAGCGCAGCUGCACCUCGGAGACAGACAGCAGUUUUUCACCCAGAUGAUCCAUGUGGCGGUGUGUGCGUACGUGCCGUCGCUCACGCACUCCAGCCUGCAGCAGAAACAGGGCCUGCCACUUCUUAAUCAGGUCAUCAGCUGGACCACAUUAGCAUCUUCUAUGCUGGUUCCAUUGUUGAGCUCUACACGUCUUUUCCACCGACUGCUCAGCAUCUUCCUCUCUCUCACAGCCACAUACCUGCUGCUCAGCACCGGGUCAGAGGCUCUGUUCCCCCCCGUGCUAUCGUGGUUGAUGUUUGUGUGGAUCAACAUUGAACAGGAAGCUAUGCUCGCUCAGGGUGUCUCUGGCAGACGAGAGCUCUCCACUAUUGAUUUCUCUGCAAACAUCGACAUCACCAAGAUCCGACAACUGAAGUUGGAUGACAUCAGAAGAUCUUAUUUUUUUGUAUUUUUUAUUAUAACUGCUUUCUUCGGCACAGGGAACAUAGCUUCCAUUAACAGUUUUGACCCAGCGUCUGUUUACUGUUUCCUCACUGUCUUCAACCCCUUCAUCAUGGGAGGGCUGAUGAUGUGGAAGGUGAUCAUUCCAUUCAUAAUAGUAAUGUGUACAUUUGAGACCAUCCAAGUUGCAACACAGCUCUCAUCCAGAAGUCUGUUCCUCAUCGUCCUGGUCAUCUCUGACUUGAUGGCUCUGCACUUUUUCUUCCUGGUGCAGGACUACGGCAGCUGGUUGGACAUUGGCACAAGCAUUAGCCAUUAUGUGAUAGUGAUGUCGAUGACCAUCUUCCUGAUGUUGCUCAGCGUGGUCACACACAUUCUCACCUCACAAAGACUCAUUCUGUGGAAGAGAUCCAAGACACACUUCCCCUAAAUAAACAUUUGUUUGUGUGUAUGUGGAUGCACACACACACACACAGAGGAGUUAAAGCACAUGUUUAGUAUUUAUUUGGCUUUUACAUAUGAUUUUUCUAGAUAUUUUUCAUUAGCAUUUGCCUUAUUAAGCCAGAGUUUGUUUGUAUAACAUUUGGGAUCAUGUUUUAGGGCUCGAUAUACUCUGUACUACUGUGCAAAGGUCUUACACCACUUGGAUAUAUUCUCCUGUGAACAUUACAUGUCGGUCUACAACAGAGAACUUCAGGUUUACAUUCUCAACAGUUGUUGUCUUCCUUGUAUUAAUAUAAAAUAAACACUUACUACUUAAAUGGUUUUAUAAGGACAUUUUCCAGAGUUGCCUAAGUCUUUUCCACAGUACUGUUUGCACUGUAUUCUUUUGUACACUCAGUCGCUGGUUUUACAUUAAUCAUUGAUGAAUUGACUAAGGCUACUUGAAUAUUUGACUGUAAAUUAUGUCUUUGCCAAGGCUGCUAAUUUAUGAUCCACCAAAGAAAGGUAAAGCGUUAACUAUUUUAAUGAUGUAUUUCCUGUGAAGCUGCCUCAGACGUCUCCUCGUUCAGAAGGAAAAGUGAGUUAUUUAAAUGUAUUGGGACUUUAUGUUUGUAACAAUAAAAGUUAGAGGGUGGAAUGUAAACAGGAAUGUCCAUAAAGGGACUUGUGUGUUGUACUUCCUGCAAACAGUAACAGAAUUAAACUAGGUGCCAGUGUGUUGUGCUCUGUUUGUACAUCAUGGUAACCGUAGCCAUGGGCUGAGCUUAGAGACUCUGGUUGGGAAAGUAGAGCUUGACUGCUUGUUGCAUUUGGGAAACUUGUAAAUGUCUGUACAUAAGAUUGUCGAGAUGUGCUGCAAAAAACUUAUGUUUAGUUUGUUUAAAUAAAAUAAAAAACACAAAAAAAC